CAUGAGCACACUACAGAAACUUGUUCUAGUGCAACUGACAUUAAUAACUCACUUGCUUAAUAAGCUCUCUUACAGAUUUUUUCGCUAUAGAGUUAUUUUUCUCUUCAUCAUUAAGUAUCUUUAUGCAGGUGAUGUGUAUAAACUAUCACAUUUAUUCUGGCAACUGCUCUUUUGUUUUAGGUUUUCUUUGCAUUGUUUUUUUUUUGGUAAAUGAAAGCUCUCAUCUUUGUUUACAGACCAGAAAAACUGAAGAAAACACAGGGUCUUCCACUUACUGGAUGUUUGACAAAAUAGUCUUUUGGGGUCAAAACAUUGGCAUUACUAGUGAGCUUUUUAGAAAUUCAGUAACCCAGACUUUAUUUCAGAUCUCCUGAAAAAAAUAGUCUGCAUUAACAAGAUGUCUAGUUUAUUGUACACAUUAAAAUUUGAGUGGUACCUUCUAACUCAACAUGUCUAUUUUGUCGGAAAUAUAUAAACAACUAUGCCUUUUUCAUCUAAAAAAUAUAUACAACUCAUUCUAUAUUAUGUAAAUACAGCACUCGAAAAUGGACUGUUGACAUUUAGGGAUGUGGCCAUAGAAUUCUCUCUGGAGGAGUGGCAACGUCUGGACGCUGCACAGCAGAAUUUAUAUAGGAAUGUGAUGUUAGAGAACUACAGAAACCUGGCCUUCCUGGGUAUUGCUGUCUCUAAGCCAGACCUGAUCACCUGUCUGGAGCAAGGAAAAGAGCCCUGGAAUAUGAAGCGACAUGAGAUGGUGGAUAAAGCCCCAGCUAUAUGUCCUCAUUUUGCUCAAGACUUUUGGCCAGAGCAGGGCAUGGAAGAUUCUUUUCAAAAAGUAUUACUGAGAAAAUAUGAAAAAUGUGGACAUGAGAAUUUACAGUUAAGAAAAAGUUGUAAAAGUGUGGAUGAGUGUAAAGUGCACAGAGAAGGUUAUAGUAAACUUAACCAGUGUUUCACAACUACCCGGAGCAAAGUAUUUCAAUGUGGUAAAUAUUUGAAAGUCUUUCAUAAAUUUUUAAAUUCAAACAGACAUAUGAUAAGUAUUACAGAGAAGUCCUACAAAUGUAAAGAAUGUGAAAAAAUCUUUCAUUGGUCCUCAACCCUUACUAAUCAUAAGAAAAUUCAUACUGAAGAUAAACCCUACAAAUGUGAAGAAUGUGGCAAAGCUUUUAAGCAACUCUCAACCCUUAUUACGCAUAAAAUAACCUGUGCUGAAGAGAAAAUCUACAAGUGUGAAGAGUGUGGCAAAACUUUUAAUCAGUCCUCAAAUCUGACUACACAUAAGAUAAUUCAUUCUGGACAGAAACCUUACAAGUGUGAACAAUGUGGCAAAGCAUUUAUCUGGCUCUCAACCCUUACUGGGCAUAAGAAAAUUCAUACUAGAGGAAAACCUUGCAAGUAUGAAGAAUGUGGCAAAGCAUUUAUUUGCUCCCCAACCCUAACUAGACGUAAGAGGAUACACACUGAAGAGAAACUCUACAAAUGUGAAGAAUGUGGCAAAGCAUUUCUAUGGUCCUCAACCCUAACUAGACAUAAGAGGAUACACACUGGAGAGAAACCCUACAAAUGUGAAGAAUGUGGCAAAGCUUUUAGGCAAUCCUCAACCCUUACUAAACAUAAGAGGAUACACACUGGAGAGAAACCCUACAAAUGUGAAGAAUGUGGCAAAGCUUUUAGGCAGUCCUUAACCCUUACUAAACAUAAGAUAAUUCAUAGUGGAGAGAAACACUACAAAUGUAAAGAAUGUGGCAAAACUUUUAAGCAAUUCUCAACCCUUACUACACAUAAAAUAAUUCAUGCUGGAAAGAAAUGCUACAAAUGUGAAGAAUGUGGCAAAGCUUUUAAUCAAUCCUCAAGUCUUUCUACACAUAAGAUAAUUCAUACUGGGGAGAAGUCUUACAAGUGUGAAGAAUGUGGCAAAGCAUUUAUAUGGUCCUCAACCCUAACUAGACAUAAGAGGAUACAUACUGGAGAGAAGCCCUGCAAAUGUGAAGAAUGUGGCAAAGCUUUUAGCCAUUCCUCAACCCUUGCUAAACAUAAGAGAAUUCAUACUGGAGAGAAACCCUACAAAUGUAAAGAAUGUGGCAAAGCUUUUAGCAAUUCCUCAACCCUUACUAAUCAUAAGAUAACUCAUACUGAAGAGAAACCCUACAAAUGUAAAGAAUGUGGCAAAGCUUUUAAGCGACUCUCAACCCUUACUAAACAUAAAAUAAUACAUGCUGGAGAGAAACUCUACAAAUGUGAAGAAUGUGGCAAAGCUUUUAAUCGAUCUUCAAAUCUUACUGCACAUAAGAUAAUUCAUACUGGAGAGAAACCUUAUAAGUGUGAAGAAUGUGGCAAAGCAUUUAUCUGGUCCUCAAGCCUUACUAAACAUAAAAGAAUUCAUACUAGAGAGAAACUCUUCAAAUGUAAAGAAUGUGACAAAGCAUUUAUAUGGUCUUCAACCCUAACUAGACAUAAAAGGAUACACACUGGAGAGAAGCCCUACAAAUGUGAAGAAUGUGGCAAAGCUUUUAACCAUUCCUCAACCCUUACUAAACAUAAGACAAUUCAUACUGGAGAGAAACCCUACAAAUGUAAAGAAUGUGGCAAACCUUUUAAGAUUCCCUCAACCCUUGCUAAACAUAAAAUAAUAUAUGCUGGAGAGAAACUCUACAAAUGUGAAGAAUGUGGCAAAGCUUUAAAUCAAUCUUCUAAUCUUACUACACAUAAGGUAAUUAAUACUAAAGAGAAACCUAACAAGAGUGAAGAAUGUGGCAAAGCAUUUGUCUGGUCCUCAACCCUUACUGAACAUAAGAGAAUUCAUACCAGAGAGAAACCCUACAAAUGUGAAGAAUGUGGCAAAGCAUUUAGCCAACCCUCACACCUCACUACACAUAAGAGGAUGCACACUGGAGAGAAACCCUACAAAUGUGAAGAAUGUGGCAAAGCUUUUAGCCAAUCCUCAACCCUUACUACACAUAAGAUAAUUCAUACUGGAGAGAAACCCUACAAAUGUGAAGAAUGUGGCAAAGCUUUUAGGAAAUCUUCAACUCUUACUGAACAUAAGAUAAUUCAUACUGGAGAGAAGCCCUACAAAUGUGAAGAAUGUGGCAAAGCCUUUAGCCAAUCCUCAACCCUAACUAGACAUAAGAGGAUGCACACUGGGGAGAAACCCUACAAAUGUGAAGAAUGUGGCAAAGCUUUUAAUCGAUCCUCAAAGCUUACUACACAUAAGAUAAUUCAUACUGGAGAGAAACCUUACAAGUGUGAAGAAUGUGGCAAAGCAUUUAUAUCAUCCUCAACCCUUACUGGACAUAAGAGAAUUCAUACUAGAGAGAAACCCUACAAAUGUGAAGAAUGUGGCAAAGCAUUUAGCCAAUCCUCAACCCUAACUAGACAUAAGAGGAUGCACACUGGAGAGAAACCCUACAAAUGUGAAGAAUGUGGCAAAGCCUUUAAAGAGUCCUCAGCUCUUACUAAACAUAAGAUAAUUCACACUGGAGAGAAACCCUACAAAUGUGAAAAAUGUGGCAAAGCCUUUAACCAGUCUUCAAUCCUUACUAACCAUAAGAAAAUUCAUACUAGAGAGAAACCCUACACAUGUAAAGAAUGUGGGAAAUCUUUUAACCGGUCCUCAACCUUUACUAAACAUAAGGUAAUUCAUACUGGAGUAAAACUCUACAAAUGUGAAGAAUGUGGCAAAUCCUUUUUCUGGUCCUCAGCCCUAAUCAGACAUAAGAAAAUUCAUACUGGACAGCAACCCUACAAACAGGAAAAAUUUGGCAAAACCUUUAACCAGUUUUCACACCUUACUACAGAUAAGAUAACUCGUAUUGGAGAGAAAUCUUAGAAGUGUGAAUAAUGUGGUAAAAGUCUAUAAAAAGUCCUGAAUUCUUAACAGACGUAAGAUUAUUCAUACUGGAGAGAAACUCUACAAACCUGAAAGAUGUGCCAGUGCUUUUGACAACUCAAACUUUCCUAAACAUCAAGAAAAUCAUACUGCUGAGAAAUCCUAGAAAUGUGAAGAAUACGACAAAGCAUCUAAAUGAUUGUCACACUUGAUUGUAGGUAAGAUAAUUCAUACUGGAGAAAACUACCAGUGUGAACAAUGUGGCCAAACUUUGAACCAAUGCUCACACCUUAAUGAACAGGAAAGCAUUUAUAUUUGAGAAAAAGUGUACAAAUAUAGACAAAGUAAAAAUGCCAUUAAUACCUGCUCACAUCUUACUCAAAAUCAGAGCGUUCAUACUAAAUAAAAACAUUAGAAGUGUAAUUACUGUCAAAAGAUCGAUCAGAAAAUAUGUCUUUAAAGUAAGAAGAGUAUUUUGAAAAAGCAUUACAAAUAUGAAGAGGCAUUAUUUAUGACCUUUUCUAUGGAAAGCUUCAGCCAGUCCCUGACUUCCUGCAACAUUCAGCCAAACAUAAUUUCAAAGGGACUAUAAAGACUGUGCCUUUGGUGUUGUGCAGAAUCUCAUGAGGGCAAAAGGGAGAUUUUUUUGUCCACCACUGGAGGGUUUCUAGAGCCAGCUUGGUGAGUUGGGCUUUAACAACAGAGAUAAUUUUUUUCAACUUUGCCUGAAGAUUGAGAACUGUAGGGUGUGUGGAGAACUCAUUUUAUAAGUAAGGAUAUAGAGACACCUUGGGUACUUUGUCUGAGGAAGGCAGGCCCAUUAUCAGACUGGAUGAAUGUUGGUAGUCCAAAAUGGAGAAUUAUGUGCAUGUUGAGAGUUUGUGUGAUGACAUUUGCAUCUUCUGAAGUUGUUGGGAAAGCUACUCACCUGGAGAAAGUACAGACAAAGGCUAGAAGAUUGCAGAGCUGUUUAUCGGGCAGCAUGUGAGUAAAGUCUACUUGUCAGUCUUGCCUGGGUACCUGGCCCUGGGCUUAGUGAGUGGGAAAAGGUGGUGGCCACAGGCAGCUGUGGGGUGAUACUGAUUGGCAGAUAGAGCAGGACUGGGUAGUCUCUCAAACAUGGCUGGAAAGGUGAAGACAAGUAAGGAUAGGGUGGAGAAGUUGCAGGAGAGGUUUGUAAUUGACAUGGAAAGAGUUGUGGAGGCUUUGGAGGAUAGAGAUUGUGAAGAAGAAUGAAGCGCCUUUCCUUGACAUACAAUGUUCCUUGGUUUUGAAGGUUUGGGGCUUGGUAGUCCCCCUUUUCUUCUGGGGAGUAAAGAGGAGAGAACGAAGACAGGCACAGAAAGUGGCCUUGCACAGGUUGUAGGGCUACUUGUUUGGCUUCUCUAUCUGCUAGAUUUCUGGCUGAUAUAGGAUUGUCUGGCAUUUAGUGGCCCCUGCAAUAAAUGAUGGCAGCUUUCUACAGGAGUCUAGUGGCUUGAAGGAGCUUGCUGAUGAGAGUCAUUUAUGACAGGAGUGUUUUUUGUCGUUGUUGUUGUUGUUGUUUGUUUGUUUGUUUUUUGCAGUUAGGAAACCCUGUUCUUUCCAGAUGGAUGAAUGUGAGUGCACUAUGUGGAAAGCAUAAUGAAAAUUUGAAUAUAUGUUGAUCUGUUGUCUGACUGCUAGAGUGAGAGCUCGAAUGAGGGUGAUGAGUUCAGCUUUUUGGGAGGUGGUACCUAGGAAGAGUGGAUUAGUUUGAAUAGUGUGUGUGUGGGGGGGUGACAAUAUAGCAUAGCCAGCAUGCCGGCAUCCUUGAUGUAGGAAGGAGCUGCCAUCUACAAACCAAGUAAAGAAGGCAUCUGGAAGGGGUUGCUCUGUUAGGUUUGGAAAAGCUAUAAGAAAGGUUUGAACAUGUUGACACAGAAGUGUAUAGGAUCUUGGACAGUGGUAGCUUCAGAUAAGAGCAUGGCCAAGUUUAGACGGGAGCUGGUUAGCAUGGUGAUGUGUGGAGUUUCUAUGAAUAGAGCAUACAGUUAGAGGAGCCAUGGGGGAGAGAUGAAACCUAGUACACUGUGGUGAGCUAGCAUGUCUUUGACAUUAUGGGUUGAAUAAACUGUUAAGUUGGCUUGGAGAGAUAGUUUUAGGCUUUCAAGGGUGAGGACAGCAGCUGCUGCCAAUGUUCAGAGGCAGGCAGGCCAUCCUAGAACUGUGGCUUCAAACCAUUUAGAGAGGUAGGCAACAACCUGGAGGGUGGGUCUCUUAGACUAGGUUAGAACACCUACUGCAACUCCACACCAUUCAUCGGUAUAUAGAGAGAAAGGUUUAGUGGUUCCUUCUGGGCUAGCUGGGUCUAGGUUGGUAUACUUUUUCGUGGUGUCAGUUAAACGAGAGAAAAAGGGCUGGGUUUUCGUUAUGACCUUGGGUGAUUUCUGAAAGUUUUUCAUAGUUUACCACUUUAUGGGCACCCUUUUUGAGUCCUGCAAGGAGACACACAAUCAUGUUGUCUCGAUGGUGGCAUCCAGGGACCACGUCUUGAUAAUCCCAGUGGGGGUCCUCGUUGGGAACCGCCUCUGCACCAGUAGGCUGUGCAGGAGCCUGGUUAUGAAUUGUAUUGGCAUGCACCUGAGCUAGGGUCCAUAUACGGUCCUGGUCUUCUGCGGAGAGGGUGGCAGAGAGGAUAAUGUAGAGGUCAUGCCAAGUUAGUUCAUAACACUGGGUGAGAUACUGAAGCUCUCCAAUAUAAGAGGUAGGGUCUUUUGAAAAUGAACUGAGUCUUUUUGUUAAUUUGAGAGAGAUCAGUGAGGGAGAAGGGAACAUGAACUCUAACAGUAUGUUCAGUUUCUGCUACUUCCUGAAGGGGGCACUGUAGCACCAGCACUGAAGUAAGGAUGGGGCAUGGGCCAAAGAUGGUGCCUGAGCAAGUAUGGAUGGGAGAGAAGGAGGAACAUGGAAGUGGUUCCUGCUGAGGGUUUGAAUGGGGAAGGGGGGUUGAGUUAACAGGCAGGGGAGGAUAGGUAGGAGUAUAAGGUGGUGGGAUGGGUUUACAAGCCUCAGGAGAGGGUGGUGGGGGAGGUUAAUGGGUACAGGCAAUACUGGAAUUGUCAUGAGGAGGGGACGAUGUAGGAAAAGAAGUGGAUACUGCUGACUAGGAAUAUGGUGGCUGGGAAUAUGGCCACUGAGAAGAUGGGGACUGAGAAGAUCGUGGCUGAGAAGAUAAAGAAGAGGCUUGGAGGUGAAAGAAGAUGGUUGAGAGGGAGAGGUAGGGGCUGAGACGGGUGGAUGGCAGUCUGCUGGAUCCAAAGAAGAGGUAGGGUCGGGAGGAGGAAGGCGAUCAGGGCGGCGAGAAUAGAGGAGGAGGAUUUGAACAGGUGAGCAAGAACUGCAGAGAUUGGGUUGUGAUCUGAGUGCAAAAAACGCCUGGAUAUAAGGAAUUUCUCCUCAUUUUUCCAGCCAUCAGCAAUAAUUGAUUAAGUCAGUUAAAAUUGUAAAGUCCAGUGUUCCAUUUGCGGGCCAUUUGGACCCAUUAUCCAAUUCGUAUUGUGUCCAGAUUGAAUUGCAAAACAAGACAAGGCACGGAUAUCUUGCCUGAGGCCUAAGGUUUGUAGGUUUUUUAUGAGGCAGCCUUCAAGGCUGUACUUUGGAAUGGAAAACUUGGAAUUUCACGUAACAGGGUUAGGCUAGAGAGAACAGGGAAAAGGGUACUGUCCUGGGCAGCUGGAGGGAGACGAUAAAAGGAGCGAUUGUCACUACUACCUUUUUUGUUCCCAGGACGGGAUGGAAUGGCUUAGAGGCAUCCCCCUAAGACCAGAUGAUCAGCAAAUGCCUGGCACAUGCCAGAGCCUUCUUGGACCAACGUUGGAUUUUUGGACCGGAGAAACCAAGAGAGGCUGUGUUGAUUUUUCCCUGUUAACUGGGCUCGCGGGACACUUACUGGUAGGUGAGAUCAGUGACCAAGGGGCAUGCCCAGAGAGGCGACUGGAGGCUGAGGAGCUUCGUUUGUCCAGCUGCCAUACCCAGAUGGCCUCCCUCUCCAUCUUCGGGGGUAUGUGUCUUCCCGCCAAUUCUUCCUGCUUCUGCUGUCUUGCUGACUCAAUCUGCUGGUGCAGGUGGCUUUGUGCCUUGGGAUUAAGCCUGUGGAAGGUGGAGUUAUUCAUUCCCUUAAGCUUUCGAGAGAAUCUUUCAGGGAUAUAAAACAUUCUUAUUAGGGUUGCUGCUGGGUCCUCAGAUAUCAGUGAGGGAGAAAAGUGCACCAGUUAGGUUCCAUCUGAAUGCUUCAUCAGCUCUCUGAAGAACAUAACUUUAAAAUUCCAACUGGAAAAGAAUGGAAUUAAUAGCCUGGAAUAAUUUAGAAAGAUAUGUAUGUAAAGGAAUUAAUUCAAAGAAAUGUGCCUUCUAGAAUGCUGAAGAGAUAUUAAAUAGACUACUAGAAAUUACAAAACAUGGGCAUCAUAUGUGGCUUGAACUUUGCAUCAAACAUGUUUUUCAAGAUUAGAUUCAGAUUAUAAUUUAUGUUUUUUGUCGGGCGUGGUGACUCACGUCUGUAAUCCCAGCACUUUGGGAGGCCCAGGC